AUGAGUCAAAUGCUAUGCAAUAUCGUUCAUGAAAAGGGGCGUAUGGUUGUACGCGCAGAUGCGCUGUCUCUUCCAUUCCGAGAAGUUGCAGAUGCUGUGCUUUCCAUAGCUGUUUUACAUCAUAUGGCCACUCUGGAGCGACGACAGAAAAUGAUCAGCGAAAUCCUCAGGGUUCUGAAGCCUGGAGGACGGGCGUGUAUCACCGUGUGGUCGAUGGAUCAAAGCAAUUCUCAGUAUGCAAAGAUGAGAGAUAACAAAGACUCUGUCGCCGAGGAAGUAAAAACUCAAUCUUGUGAGCGCCUAAAGGUUCACGACGGUAAAGAAUUUGUACAACAAGACCUACUGGUACCUUGGAGAAUAGAAGAAUCCGACAAGACGUUUAUGAGGUAUUAUCAUGUGUUUGCGGAAGGUGAGAUGGAAGAGCUUCUGCGGUCUGUUGGCGGCUGUUCUAUAGAAAGCAUUGAAAAAGAACAAGGAAACUAUAUAGCUGUGAUAAAAAAGAAUUAA